UAAAGCAACCGCCAGCGAGGUGCCUCCUCCCCUGGAUCUGCGAGAAACCAGUUCAGGGCACCCCUCCCAUUCUGACCCCAAAGCGCCGCUCCGAGGUUGCGGCUGGGAAAGCCCACCCACACUAGGCGGGCCCUUGGUGGGAAUUUGGAAAAGACCCUCGUCCAGUCCGGAGGCCGAGGGUCCUCUGGGCUUCCGAAAGAAGACUACCUAAACGCUGCAUGAAUUUUGGAGAAUGCGUUGAGUGAAAGGCAGCCUGUCUAUAAAAGGCUGGGAUAGAGCAAAAUCUGUUACCACUCUGUCCAUUUCUGCAGCUGAAAACCCCAAAACAAGCGCGCUCACGCCCGCAUCUGUGGUCCUACCUAUGUCCACGGCCGAUCUGUUUUAAAUAUAUUUCUGCAGGUUCUGGAGUUGUGGUGUAUGACAAGUGCUUGUACAUCCCUCUUCUCUUUUUUGCUCCCCUGAAAGAGUUUUGAGGCAGUACUCAAACCUACUCAGCUGGCUGUCUCUCAAAGGAAGCAGUGCUUAAUUUAGGAAGGGAGUCUGUUUUGCAAAGUUGUUAAAGUUACACCAGCCUCCAGGAGUGCCCAGAUCCUGGUAGUGCAGGGACUCAAGCUCCAAUCUCAAGGACAUACACAGCUCUUUUCCUGAGGAGCCCAAAUCUUGGGAACAGGUCACUGUGAUCUGAAGAAGACCACAUAACCGUGAAGUCUCUCAUCAGAGGUUCUGGAAAUUUCCUCACCAGAAGUGGACAAGCUCAGUCAAGAGGGCAUCCUCAUGCCACAGCAGCUCCUGAUCACCCUGCCCACCAAGGCCAACACCUGGGUGAAGUUGCACCAUCCGAAAAAGGCCAAGGAGGGGGCGCCCCGGUGGGAAGAUGUGACCAAAAUGUUUGAAGGAGAAAUUCUGCUGUCUCAGGACGCUGAUGCGGCCCAGGGAGAAAGUUUAGAGGAUGAAAUGACCUCUGUGCCCCCAGCAGCAGAAUCCCAAGAACUGUUGACCUUCAACGACAUAUCUAUUGACUUCAGCCAGGAUGAGUGGGGGCAACUGGCCCCUGCUCACCAGGAUCUGUACCGAGAGGUGAUGCUGGAGAACUACAGGAACUUGGUGUCAGUAGGAUAUCAACUUUCUAAACCUAGUGUGAUUUCUCAUUUGGAGAAAGGAGAAGAACCAUGGAUGACAGAGAAAGAAGGCCCAGCAGACCCCAGUUCAGGCUUGAAGAGUAAAACAGAAACCAAUGAGUCAACUGCAAAGAAUUCCAUUUCGGAGGAACAGUUAUAUCAUGGCAUUUUGAUGGAAAAGGUCAUGAAAGAUGAUAUCAUUUAUUCCACAUUGAGAAAAGUCUCUCAAUAUGAUGAUACGUUAGAAAUGCACCAGGAAUCCUGUGUGAGAGAUGUGAGACAAACCAUCUUGACCCAUAAGAAAAGAGGCCAAAAAACUAACAAAUUUGGAGAAAAUAUCAUUAUGAGUUCAAAUGUUCUAAUAGAACAGAGGCAUCAUAAAUGUGAUACAACUAGAAAAAGGAACAAAUACAAACUAGAUUUGACUAAUCAUCCAACAAGUUAUAUAAGACCCAAAACCUAUGAAUGUAAUAUAUGUGAAAAAAUCUUCAAACAACCCAUUCACCUUACUGAACACAUGAGAAUUCAUACUGGUGAGAAACCUUUCAGAUGUAAAGAAUGUGGAAGGGCCUUUAGUCAAAGUGCAUCUCUUAGUACACACCAGAGAAUCCAUACUGGGGAGAAACCCUUUGAAUGUGAGGAGUGUGGCAAAACCUUCAGACAUCGCUCAUCGCUUAAUCAGCAUCAUAGAACUCACACUGGGGAGAAACCCUACGUAUGUGAUAAGUGUCAGAAAGCUUUCAGCCAGAACAUUAGCUUGGUUCAACAUUUGAGGACUCAUUCUGGAGAGAAACCUUUUACUUGCAAUGAAUGUGGGAAAACCUUUCGGCAGAUUAGACACCUUAGUGAACAUAUAAGAAUUCAUACUGGGGAGAAGCCUUAUGCAUGCACUGCAUGUUGUAAAACCUUUAGUCAUAGGGCAUAUCUCACACAUCACCAGAGAAUCCAUACUGGGGAAAGACCCUACAAAUGUAAAGAAUGUGGGAAGGCCUUUAGGCAGAGGAUACACCUGAGCAACCAUAAAACUGUUCAUACAGGAGUGAAGGCAUAUGAAUGUAACCGCUGUGGAAAAGCCUACAGGCAUGAUUCAUCCUUUAAAAAACAUCAGAGACAUCACACUGGAGAAAAACCUUAUGAAUGUAAUGAAUGUGGAAAAGCCUUCAGCUAUAAUUCAUCACUUAGUCGACACCAUGAAAUACACAGAAGGAAUGCCUUCCGAAAUAAUGUGUAAAAAGGGGUAUUUGACAUGAGAACAAAAGCCAACUCUAAAUCAGUGAUUCUAUGUUUUAAAAUUUCAAGAUGCAAGUAAAUUUAAGGAAUUGAUGUAAUGAUUACAACUCUAAAUUUUGCCCAUUGUAUAAAUAAACCUUGAUAACUAUGUUUACUAACAUUUCCAUACAAAGUACUUAAGAAUAAAAUCUGGACUGGGCAUGGUGGCUGACGCCUAUAAUCCUA